AUGACAGUCCUCUUGGUCAUGGGACUCGACGAAACUGGGGGAAGGUCACUGCUCCGGGUGGUGUUUUGGGUCAGACCCUGCAAACUGCUUUCACACCGAGAGCUCCCAGCCCGGCUCUCCCUGGACGGGCUCGCGUCUCCCCUCACGCUUUCAGCCCCUGGGAGCCUGAGGGAGAGCUUGUUCCAGCAGACGGGCCCCAUCCGCUCCGCCCGGCUCUUGCUGGAGCGAGGGCUGGAAAAGAGGGAUGGAGGCGAAGGGGUAUCUCCCACCCCUCCGGGGCCCCGCGUGCCGCCUGCGCGCCGCUUCCCAGCAAAUACGGGUGCUAAAACACUACCCCAGCCAUUGGAAGAUCAGGGGUUUGUGACAUGGAGGAGGAAACCUGGAGCCAGUAACACUGAGAUCAUCAGCUGGAUUGUGCCAGAUGUGACAGAGGAGGCUGGAAAACCUCAGGGCUCGGUUGUUUCUGACACCGAUUUGCUCUCGGGUGUUUGCAGCCAAGUUUCUCGUCCGGUGACGGCGUGUUCCCCCUCCGGAAGGGGCUGCGGGGAGCCACAGCUCCGCGGGCUCUGUGACAUUUGGAGUGACCGGGAGGUCACUCGGACGGAAGAAAACAAAAGCAGCGGCGGCCACGGAGCGGCCCCGCAGAGGGGAAAGCACGACCAGGGCCAGAGGACACACUCCAACCCAGAGGACAAGGAGCCACACGCAGAUCUGCUCCUUAGCAGUGAAGCAAGGUAUUGCUUUAGCACCUGCAGUGCUCUGGAUUCAAGUGCAGACUCCACAUGUUCCUUUACUGAGUCCAAGGAAGAGGACAGGCUGCCAGGAAGGGAACAGACCCACAACAGUGGAGAGAGAAAAUAGAGUUCAGGGCUUGGAGCUCCAAACUUGUUGACCCAGCACCUUACUCCUGGUUCUUGGGCUUGUGUGAGGAUGUUCUUCACAAUGCCUGAUCCUUCCCUGUGCUGUACAUCAAAAGACUCUGGAUUAGCCCCAUAGUACCCUGCAAAACCACCCAGGAGAGGCUUGCUGUUGCUGAACCCCUGCCAGGAGCAGAGGGAUGAUUAUGGACAUUGGCCUGAGGCACAUGAAGUUCACCAUGUCUCCAGCUCUUGAAAUCUUAACUGUGCUCUUUCUGGGAGGUCACUUAAGCUGUGGUUUCACAGGAAUCUCAUGGAAUCACAGAAAACAGGAUGCCUAAAGUGAUACUAGAAGUAGCUGUACCCCCACCUCUCUCUGAGGGCAGUGAAACGUUGGAGUGAGCAAAGGGAAGAUCAUGGAUGUCCAUCACUAGAGGUUUUGAAGGAUAAGGAGGAGAAAUGUCCAUCAGGAGUGACACAGGUUGAGUCAUCCUGCACAAGGACAGAAACUGAGUCCUGCCCAGUCCUGCCUCUGCAGAAUCCAAAGGGCUCUAUGUGAGCUCCUUCCCAUGAUGGUCAGUGGGGACCUUGGCAGUAUCCAGAGCCCCAUGCAUAGGCAUUGAGGUCUGUUGGAGGUGACAUCAGGGAUCCUGCUCCUACUCUACAAUGUACAUCCCCCUCUGGCCUCAGGGGACACUUGUCUCAGCCCAACAGGGUGACCCAGUCAACACCAGGGUGUCAGGAGCUGUGGAGGAGCUUCCUGACCUGUGGCUUCCAGAGAGAUAAUCUGGACAAGAUAACACAAUCCAACAGCUCCUGUCCAGAGGGAGAUGAGAAACAGAAGGUGGCAGAAGAGGAGCCCAGGAGGAAAGCCCACCCAAGAACCACAGGCUAGGGCACCCAUAAUAAACAUAAUAAACCCAAAAUAAACAGGGGAGUAGCUGGAGAAGCCGCACCCUUGGAUAUGUCAGUCCAGCUGUGUGUCACCUCCAACAGCAUCCUGCAACCCACACAUGGCCUGACCCAAAGCCCUUUGGUGCAAAUAAGGAAGAGCCUUGCUGCCAGGAACAACCUGGAUGGGGUGCAAUCAGGGAGAAGGGCGAGGAGCGUUGUGCAACCCUCUGCCAAGCAUUUCUCUGGGAGGAAAUAAAUGCCAAAUACCACUUGUUCCCUCCCCUGUUCCCAUCCCUCCUUCAGGGAGAUGUGCCCCAAGGGGAAAAUCUGAACAGUUUUGUACUCUGGGGGGAGGCUGGACCCAGGGUCAAGGCUGUGUGAUGGCUGUGCUGAGGACACAGCACGUGACAAGGUUCAAUUAAAACAUUUCGCAGGCACAAGGCUGACCUAUUCACAGACAAAUUGGUCUUAUAAAUAAAAUAAAUGUGUGCAGGACAAACAGUGAGCCUGUCAACCCUGCAAGCCCUGCCUGGAGCGCUGGGAAAUAUUUUAUUGGGAUAUAAAGUCUUAAAUGCCAUUCUCCAUGCAUGGAUGGGGGCUGUGUGGCUCUUCAUCAGCGAGCCCCACUGCCUGCUCCUGCAUUUUGAUUCACGGCUGAGUGGGAACCUUCAAUUCCCUCUGGUGGCUUCGCAGAGCGUGAUUGACACCCCGCAGGUCAGAGUCUGACUUCAGCUCCCUGGUGCCCAGAAACACGGAGAGCAGAGCUCAGGGCCACAGGGACAUCACUGAGAGGAGCCCUGUUCUCUCCAGGCCAGGCUGGAAGUGCUCUGGUACUUCCCACACCCCCAUCACACCAUCUCCGUUCCGCUGAUGCCGUUAGCAUGGGGGCAGAGGGGACAAACCCUUCCCAGUCACUUUUUUCUCCAGUUCCAU